CGAAUUCUGACGCAGGACAGUGACUCUCCACCGGAAACCAGAAACAUACUGUCCCCCGCCCUCCCCGCGGCGACCCAUUUCCCAGAGGUACCUCUGGGAGGGCAAGAGUGGGAGCUGGAUGAAACCAUCCUAAGACAGAGCCUGCCUGUGUGUGCUGACCUGGCCCAGAAGCAGCCCCUAGAGUGCACCCCUCCUAGCCCAGAUGCCUGAGUAGAGUUUGCGUCCAGUCCCCUCCUCCCUUGCCCUGGGGCAAUCAGGGGAGGAGCGAUGGAGAAGUGGGCUGGCAGGCCCCGGCUGUGUUUGAUGCUGCUUCUGUCCUUCCCUCAGCUCUGCCUGGAUCAGGAGGUGUUCUCUGGACACACACUUCAGACACCCACAGAGGAGAGCCACAGCCCUGAGGGUGUCUGGGGACCUUGGGACCAGUGGGCCUCUUGCUCCCAGCCCUGUGGGGUAGGGGUGCAGCGCAGGAGCCGGACAUGUCAGCUCCCUACGGCUCAGCUCCACCCGGGCCUGCCCCUGCCUGCCCGGCCCCCAAGACACCCAGAUGCCCUCCCUCCGCGGGGUCAGGGCCCCAGACGAGAAACCCUCCCCCUGUACCGGCCACAGCCUCGGGGAAGGGGUGGCCCAUUUCGAGGUCCUGCUUCCCAAGCCGGACGAGAGGAGACUCAGGAGGCUGCAGGGGCCAGGAGGUCCCGGGUUCGAGACCCCAUCAAGCCAGGGAUGUUCGGUUAUGGAAGAGUGCCCUUUGCAUUGCCACUGCAUCGGAACCGCAGGCAUCCCCGGAGGCCCCCCAGAUCUGAGCUCUCCCAGACCUCUUCUGGAGGGGAGGAGCCUCUUCCAUCCCUGACUCCAAACGCAGAGCCAUCCUCUGCAAACCACAGCCCCCAAACUCAGCUCCCUCCCACAGAAUUGUCUGCCCACACUCUACCACCCCCAGCAGAACCCCUAAGCCCUGAAACUGCUCAGACAGAGCUGCCCCCCAGAACCAGGCCUGCCCUCCCACAGCCCCACCCUGGAGACCAGGCCUCUGGCACAGGGCCCCCCUCACCCACCCCCUCCUUAGGAGAAAGUGGCUUUUUCCACGUGUCCCCUCAGCCAAGAAUGCCAAGUUCUCAGGGUUGGGCUGGUUCCCGGGGAGCAGGAAGACACCCUGAUCCUUUCCCUUCUGUCCCCUGGCGCCGAGGCCAGCAGAGCCAGGGGCAUUGGAGACCUGGGGGGAAUCUUCACAGGCCCGUGGAGUCUGCCCCUCACCACCCAGAGGGCUGGCUGCCUCUGCUGAGUGCUGGCCCCCACUCCGGCUCCCUCUGGAGCCUCUUUGCUCCCAGUAGCCCUGUCCCAAGAUGUUCUGGGGAGAGUGAGCAGCUGAGAGCCUGUAGCCAAGCGCCCUGCCCCCCUGAGCAGCCAGACCCCCGGGCCCUGCAGUGCGCAGCCUUCGACUCCCAGGAAUUCAUGGGCCAGCUAUACCAGUGGGAGCCCUUCACCGAAGUUCAGGGCUCCCAACGCUGUGAACUGAACUGCCGUCCCCGUGGCUUCCGCUUCUAUGUCCGUCACACUGAAAAGGUCCGGGAUGGGACCCCGUGUCAGCCUGGAGGCCCAGACAUCUGUGUGGCUGGACGCUGUCUGAACCCCGGCUGUGAUGGGAUCCUUGGCUCUGGCAGGCGUCCGGAUGGCUGUGGAGUCUGCGGGGGUGAUGAUUCUACCUGUCGCCUUGUUUCGGGGAACCUCACUGACCGAGGGGGCCCUCUGGGCUAUCAGAAGAUCCUGAGGAUUCCUGCCGGGGCCUCCCGGCUCCAGAUUGCCCAGCUUCGGCCCAGCUCCAAUUACCUUGCACUUCGAGGGCCUGGGGGCCAGUCCAUCAUCAAUGGGAACUGGGCUGUGGAUCCCCCUGGGUCCUACACAGCCGGCGGGACUGUCUUCAGAUACAACCGUCCUCCUCGGGAGGAGGGCAAGGGGGAGAAUCUGUCAGCUGAAGGCCCCACGACCCAGCCUGUGGAUGUCUAUAUGAUCUUUCAGGAGGAAAACCCAGGCGUUUUUUAUGAAUAUGUCAUCUCUUCAUCUCCUCCAGUCCUUGAGAGCCCCACCCCAGAGUCCCCCAUCCCCCAACUUCAGCCUGAGAUUCUGAGGGUGGAGCCCCCACCUGCUUCUGCGCCCCGCCCAGCCCGGACCCCAGGAACCCUCCAGCGUCAGGUGCGGAUCCCCCAGAUGCCUGCCCCGCCACACCCCAGGGCACCCCUGGGGUCUCCAGCUGGAUACUGGAAACGAGUGGGACACUCUCAGUGCUCAGCAUCCUGUGGGAAAGGUGUUUGGCGCCCCAUUUUCCUCUGCAUUUCUCGUGAGUCAGGAGAGGAACUGGAUGAAGGCAGCUGUGCUGUGGGCGCCAGGCCCCCAGCCUCCCCAGAGCCCUGCCACGGCUCCCCGUGCCCCCCAUACUGGGAGGCUGGCGAGUGGACGUCCUGCAGUCGCUCCUGUGGCCCUGGCACCCAGCACCGCCAGCUGCUCUGCCGGCAGGAGUUUGGGGCGGGUGGCUCCUCGGUACCUCUGGAACGCUGUGGACACCUCCCCCGGCCCAACAUCACCCAGCCUUGUCAGCUGCGGCUCUGUGGCCAUUGGGAGGUUGGCUCCCCCUGGAGCCAGUGCUCCGUGAGGUGCGGGCGCGGCCAGAGGAGCCGUCAAGUUCGCUGUGUUGGGAACAACGGUGACAAAGUGAGUGAGCAAGAGUGCGCUUCGGGCCCCCCGAAACCCCCCAGCAGAGAGGCCUGUGACAUGGGGCCCUGCACCACCGCCUGGUUCCACAGCGACUGGAGCUCCAAGUGCUCAGCCGAGUGUGGGACGGGGAUCCAGAGACGGUCUGUGGUCUGCCUCGGGAGUGGGGAGGCCCUCGGGCAGGGCCAGGAGGAGGUAGGAGCAGGAACCAGUGAGCAGAGCUGUCCACAAGGAAGCCGCCCCCCCGACAUGCGAGCCUGCAGCCUGGGGCCCUGUGAGAUCACGUGGUGCUGGUACACGGGGCCCUGGGGUGAGUGCUCCUCAGAAUGUGGCUCUGGCACACAGCGUAGAGACAUCAUCUGUGUGUCCAAACUGGGGACUGAGUUCAACGUGACUUCUCCUAGCAACUGUUCCCACCUGCCCAGGCCCCCUGCCCUGCAGCCCUGUCAGGGGCAGGCCUGCCAGGACCGAUGGUUUGCCACACCCUGGAGUCCGUGUUCUCGCUCCUGCCAGGGGGGAGUGCAGACAAGGGAGGUCCAGUGCCUGAGCGCCAACCAGACCCUCAGCACCCGAUGCCCUCCUCACCUGCGACCCUCCAGGAAACGACCCUGUAACAGCCAACCCUGCAGCCAGCGCCCUGAUGAUCAAUGCAAGGACAGCUCUCCACAUUGCCCCCUGGUGGUACAGGCCCGGCUCUGCGUCUACCCCUACUACACAGUCACCUGUUGCCGCUCUUGCGCCCAUGUCCUGGAGCGGUCUCCCCGGGAGCCCUCCUGAAAUGGGUCCAGGAGACCCUCUCCAUGGUUUUCUCAUGCCACCAUCGGUCACCCAUCGACCAGCCUGCUCUGUGCCCCUUGGCUCUCCAGCCUGUCCCAGUCUCACCAGGGAUGUCCUCCAGAGCGACUGAAGGUGGCAAGGUGAUGGACAGUGACUGUCAAGACGUGUGGUUGGGUCUGUGUGGUGCUGUGCUGGUGUGUGUGCACAUAUGCCCCGGGAUGUGAUCUGGGCCUGCAUGGAUGUGUGUGUGUGUGUGUGUGUGUGUGUGUGUGCGUGUGCACGUGCUCAUACAUGCGUAUCACUUUUCAAAAACAAAUUACACAGACUGAGAAGGAAUGGGGAGAGUACAAUACCUGUUUCUCUGAGACUUUUUUAGGCUGGGAGGAAAGCAAGUUGCAGUUCUUUGCUAAUUCAAACUACUUAGAGUGUGGUCUGCCCAUCAACGCCAAUUUUUUCUUCUUUUUUUUUUUUUUUAACUAUCCAUUGGAUUCUGCUUGAUAAAUCAACUCCAAUUUUGUGCCCAAACUUCAUUUCUCAUGUUCAGGCCUCACAUCUUCUAAACCACCCUUUUGUCUCUGACCCCUUCUCUCUUUACCUAGUCUCUCUAUCGCUGUCUUCCUACUUAGCUAGGGAUGGGGGUCGGCCACUGCCCAUCCUGCCUUACCCCAGGAAGAGCGACUGCCUGCCAGAGCAGGGACCAGCUGGGCAGAGGGUGGAAAAAACGUCAGCAUAGGACCCCCUGGCCCCUGGCCCUACUCCCCACCUCCUCAAAAUGGUUGCCACCCCAGAACUAAUUUAUUUUUAUUAAAGACGAUCAUGACAAAUGAGAAACCCGAAA